AUGGAUGAAACUAAAAAUAUGAAUUUUUCUGUUAUCUAUAAAUCAACAGCUUGUCGAGGUCGUGUAGGUAAAUUAAAACUACCUCAUGGAAUUGUUGAUACUCCUGUAUUUAUGCCUGUUGGUACUCAAGGUACUAUGAAAGGUAUUUUACCGGAAGAAUUAAUAGAAAUGGAUUGUAAAAUUUUGCUUUGUAAUACUUAUCAUCUUGGUCAUAGACCAGGUCAUGAAAUUAUUAAAGAAGCAGGUGGUCUUCAUAAAUACAUGAAUUGGCCAAGAAACAUCUUAACAGAUUCUGGAGGAUUUCAGAUGGUCUCAUUAUCUAAAUUAUCAAGCACCAAUGAGCAAGGUGUCACUUUUCAAUCUCCUCAUACUGGAGAAACAACACUAUUAUCCCCUGAAAAUAGUAUAAACAUACAACAAAAUCUUGGCGCUGAUAUUAUGAUGCAAAUGGAUCACGUGCUUCAUGUACUCACUGGAGGAGAUGCUGUUGAUGACGCAAUGAAAAGAUCUAUAAGAUGGUUAGAUAGAUGUAAGAAAGUUCACACAAACAAAGAAAAUCAAGCAUUAUUUCCAAUAGUUCAGGGUGGUUUAGAUUUAGAAAAAAGAAAUUAUUGUGCAAAAGAAAUGGAGAAACGUGCUGAAGUAGGUAUUGCUAUUGGAGGAUUAAGUGGUGGUGAAAAAAAAGAAGAUUUCUGGAGAGUUGUUGCUCAUUGUUGUGAAACUUUACCACCACAUCUUCCAAAAUAUGUAAUGGGGGUUGGUUGGGCUGUUGAUCUUGUGAUGUGUUCAUUGUUAGGAGCUGAUAUGUUUGAUUGUGUUUAUCCCACAAGAACAGCUAGAUUUGGUACGGCUCUUAUUCGCGAUGGCGGUGAACUCCAUCUAACUAGAAAUGAAUUUAAAAAUGACUUUUCUCCUAUUGAAAAAGAUUGCACAUGUACCACCUGUAAAGAUUAUACUCGUGCUUACUUGUAUUCAACUAUAAAUAAGGAAAGUAUUGCAUGUCACCUUAUAACUAUACAUAAUUUACACCAUCAUCUAACUUUAAUGAGUGAUCUAAGACUAGCGAUGAUGGAGGAACGUAUUCCAAUAUGGGUAGAAGAAUUCUUAACUAGAAUAUAUAAAAACAAAGAAAUACCAAAGUGGGUGUUUGAAGUUUUGGAUUACUUAAAAAUAAAUACUAAUUUAAAGAAUAAUUAA